AUGUCUGCCAACAGCAAGUCAAAACCGCCAGCACUGGACCUUGGCAAACAGUCCAAGGCGGAGCUGGAGAAAAUCGCAUACCACAUCGUGUCGCCCGGUCUGCCGCCGCUCAGCGACAGAAACCAAAACCGCGUCCGCCAAAGCAAAUCCAUCGAGGCCCAGCAGAAACGUCUGAUCAACGAGCGUGUCGGCAGCACGAGCCCGGCACAAACCAAGCAAUCGCCCGGUUCAGGUGUUGGCAAGGGCGUUCCACGCUUGAAAAGGGCCAGGCCGCCUCCCCCAUUGGAUAUCCGCCCCAGUCCCGUGCAACACGGCCUGGCCAUGAGAUCGGCUCCAUUGCGAGGGCAUCGCAUGCUGAUGCGGCCGUAUCCUGCGCCACAGCCUGUCUACACUCCUCCCCAUGGAUAUUGCCCCCACUAUCUGCCCGCCUACGUGCCAGCCUACCCCCCUGCCGUGUACCCGUCGCCGCCCCUGGUGCGAUGUCAUCAGGUGAGCAUGGACAACGGAAAGUACGUUGUGGUGAAGACGCCGAGCCCUGAGGACGAUCCGACGCCAGACGAGGUGGACGAGGACAAAGGCGCAGAGUCGUCGCUCGACGACGACGUCGAGAGCCGCGCAAUCGAGGACGGAGCCGUGCCCAGCGAGACACCGUCUGAUCCUGCGCCCGAGGCGCCCGUCGCGCUGGUUUCGGGCGAUCUGCGACUGGGCUCCGAGGUCUACACGUACGAGGUGCCCGUGCACGAAAAAACAAGCGAUUUCCGCAAACACUUCCUGCGCCUGGCAGGAGCCAUUUUCGACGACUAUAUAGCCAGGGCAGGAUAUUGA